UUUAAAUUUGACAUUAAUUAAUCAAUCUUUUGUGUACUCCAUGUAACCUGCUAACGCGGAUUAACGUUAGGCUUCAGAGAGGUGUCAUGUAGAUGCAUGCUAAGUAUGCACAUAUCACAUGUACAGUGUACAUGCAAUCGUGCGCACUACGGACAGGCCGUGAGGCUGUGCAUGCAGACAGUAAUUAUGAUACACAAUCCACAGCCAUGAAUCUAGAUGAGAGUGAAUUGAUGUCAGAUCCCAAAUUCAAGGCCUACUCGGCGGCUGUAGACAAAGCAUUGAAAGGAUUUGAGUAUUCCAGUGAGUGGGCCGACCUCAUCUCAGCACUUGCUAAACUUAUCAAGGUCCUACAAAGCAACUCUACGCGUUACUCUGUCAUCCCUAAACGUCUUCUGAUCGGUAAGCGUCUUGCUCAAUGCACUCAUCCUGCCCUCCCGAGUGGCGUUCACCUCAAGGCUUUAGAGACCUAUGAUCUCAUCUUCCGUACCAUUGGUCCUAAGCAACUAUGUCAAGAUAUGUUCAUCUACAGUGCUGGCCUGUUCCCGUUGCUAGGCAGCGCUGCUAUGGCUGUCAAGCCAAAGCUUCUUCAUUUGUAUGAGGAACACUACCUACCCCUUGGUGAACACCUCAAGCCAUGCCUGACUGGCCUACUUCAAGGCAUCAUGCCUGGAUUGGAGGAAGGAUCCGAGUUUUUUGAUAGGACCAAUGCUUUGUUGGAACAGUUAUGUGCAGGCAUGGUGAAGUCUAAUUUCUACAGUGCUCUGUGGGAGUGUGUCUUGACAAGCCCAGGUGUUCGGCUUCCUGCUGUGUCAUUUGUCUUGUCUCAACUAGACCGUAAAGCAUCAAUAAAAGAACAAUCUCACAUCCUUGGCAAUAGCAGAGAAAAACUGGUCAAAGCUGUUUGUGAAUCCCUGUAUGAUUCUGUUGUUCUGGUCCAGCGUUCCGUCCUAGAUCUAGUUCUACUGUGCUUCCCUCUUCAUGAUUACUGUGUGUCUAAAGAUGAACAGACACAUAUCUUGACAGCUGCACUUAACGUGCUCUUGCGUCGUGACAUGUCCCUUAAUCGUCGUCUCUUUAGCUGGUUGUUGGGAACUGAUGUGAGGAAAACGGAGCCAGACACUACUGCUAAAAAACCAACUGAUUUGACUGUGGAGCGAUCAGACAGCCUUUUAAGCACUGAAGAUGAGACUUCAGCUUACUUUGAGGCUCAUUCUAAAGCCAUGUUGGUGGAAUCCCUAAAAGUCUGGUUGCAUACCAUUCCAAGUGGCUUAAACGAGGAUGAGGCCAAAGCUGCCAUCUUGAAACCCUACAAGAUCUUGAUCAGCCUUCUUGACAAGCCAGAACUGAGCACAAUUAUUGUAGAAGAUGUUUUUAUUGAGGUGUUUCGUGCCUUGUUUAAUCGUUGCACUACUGGAUGCGAGAAUGAUGUGUGGAAAGGACUCAUUUCUGAAUCUCAGGAAUCAUUACUUCUGUCUACACCAUCCAGAAAGCUUCUUACUCGUAAUGCCCGUCCUGUGGAGCUCAUCAAGACUGCCAAUUUGCUCUUUGGUGUGUUUGAGUCACACUUCAUGUGGGAAUUUAUUGCAGCACGAUUUGAUCUUUGCUGUCAAGAGACAGUAAUGCGAGGUGGAAUGGCACCCUCUAUAGGUGAUGGGAGUAGGACACUGACAUGUUCAGAAAUGUGUAAGCUGGUAGAUUUUCUCCUGGACAUUGUGUCACUGGAAACAUAUGUGGAAACAACAACAGAGUAUCUUCCGAACCUACUUUGCAAGUUAACUGUGUCCCUUUCCAACUACUGUGAGUAUCUAAGCCUGUCAGAGAUUAAGGACACACUGUGCUUGUGUACCAAGCUGCUAACCAAGGUACAACCAUCCAUGGUCACCAGUCCCAAUCAGUGGGAUACAAGCACACCUCAGAGACUGAUGGCUCAUGUUGACAUCAUUGAGAAAGGCUUGGAGAUUGUGGAUGGUGGCAGCAGUGGGAUAACCGGUAGGGAUUUGUCACUACAGCAGUCAUCCACGCCAAGAGAAAUGUCUAAAUCCCAAUCAGUGAUGAAUUCAUCAGAUGGCAAAAAGGAGGCAAGCUCAGGAUCAGCUGCUGCACAGGAUGAAUCUCCAGAGAGUGAGAGAGCUGACAAAACAAAGCAAGGCAAGCAAAGUUCAUCCAAGAAAUUUCCGUUGAGUCCUAGGAGAUCAUUGGACAGGCUUUCUUCUGAACGCCUAGAGGAUGCAGAGUUGCCAGCUCUUGAUGACGACUUCCAGAUUGAGAGGGUCAAACGUCCCACUAAAAUGGCAAGCCUUGAUUCUGUAUCCAAAGAUGAGACAAUUGAAUUCCGUCCCUCACAUCGUCGAACCCCAAGUUCAGUCUCCUUGACAACCAGUCUUGCUGAAAGUGACCAAGACGGCCAACCUGUCUUUAUAAUGCAAGCCUGUGUGCAGUGCUACCAAACUUUCUUUGCCAAGUUUGUCAGCAGCAAGAUCCUUCCAGAGGCCGAGGUGGUGAAGAGGCAUCUGAAGAAGCUGAAUGUCAAGUACAGUGGUACACAGGAGAAACGACAGCCAUCAGUUGGGGAAGGCUUGAAGGUUAAACAGCCUCAUGGCUUUGGAGACUUAACAGACAAAAUGAGUGAGGAUGGUAGACUCCGCACUAACUCAGCACUGACUUCAGAUGAGGCUGUGGCUGUCUACAUCCGUGACGUUGAGCUACAAUGUACAUCUUCUCCCAGUGCCUUGCAAGCUUUCUCUACAGCUUGUCAUUUGUUGGUUGAGUUUGCUUGUUUCCCAAUGUACUGUAAUGAAACAGCAUCAGCUGCCCAUAUUGUUACACCUACCACUACCGGUAGUGCACUUGGUUUGCCUGAGUGGCUCCAAUCCCUUGUUGCCACCAGCUGUUUUGUAAAUAACUUCAUGCUGCAAACUACAGCCAUCUCCACCACCUUAGAGUUGAUUGCCUUGACCAAGUCCGUCACUGACCGUUCAGAUACUAAGCUGGUACUACCUAACCCACCAAACUCCCCCAAGGCAGAUUCUGGGACUAUCUCUGUGGUCUUGAUACCUGCAGUUUCUGCAUCACAUCUGCAUACAAUCAACUUUGGUACCAGCUUCUUCCAGAGAGUAGCAACCAGUCUCUGGCAUUACAUGAGUGCUAACACCCCCAACUGUCAUCAGAAGAGUGCUGAUCUUCUGCAUCAGCUGCACAACGUAGCACCUGAUGUCUACAUCUGUGAAGACAUCAUUGGAAACUCACUGGUACAGAUCAACAAGGCUGUUUCUCUAGCUGCACACAUCAAGUAUGCUCAGCUCUGGCAUUUGAUCAGAUCACAGAUUCUUAGUGCCAGCCCAGCAAGCAAAGUACUCACAUUUGACAGAUCUCUGUUGGUCAUGAUGGACAGUUUGGAGUGCCCAGACUGCAUGAUAAGAUCAGUCACACAGACUUGGUUAGUCCAUGCUAUUGACCGAGGUGAUAUCGCUAGACUCCUGGAACCUAUCUUGUUAGUACUUCUCCAUCCAGCCACUGCCCGUGUGUCUGUCCAGUUCCUUCACACUAAGCCAGAGCAGAAGUCUGGAGGAGAGGGUAAGACAGAUGAAGAUGGAGAUGAGGAUGUGGAGAAUAGAAUCUACAGCAUCAGCAGUGUGGAUGGAGAGGUGAAAUACUACGUUAUUAAGGAUGGAAAGCGAGCUAUCGCCAUCAAUCCAAGCAAGCAAGAUCCUGUCUUCGCAUGUACCACCAUUGAUGAUAAGAUGAAGUACGUUACCAACAAAGCCAACUCCGGUCUUCGUUACAGCGUACCUCCUCAGAUGCUCAGUAAAACACUUAGCGUCACUGUCAAUCCGAUGAACCAAUCAGCAUACAUUAGCGACACAGACAGUGACACUUCCUCAAGCCCAAAAGUCAAAGUCUCAUCAUCUCGCAAGCCUUCAAAAGAGGAGAGUGCUGAAAAAAGAAAGAUUCGCAAAGUUCCUGAUGAAAGGCGACCAUCAGACCUUGGUAACUUGCCAGAAACAUUAGGCAAAGCCACUCCAAGUACAAGCACUGAUGAUUUGUGUGAGGAACCCUCCUAUGUCUACAAUGAAGAGGUGGAUGAAAGUCCUGAAGAUGCUGUCAGGGGCAUUCUAAUGUCUGUGAUUGAGGAAGCAAUGAGACAAGUUGAUGGUCUUGGUCAAGAGGGUGAUGCCAGAGGAGAAGAUAGAUCAACAGCCUCCUCUGGUUCCAAACAGUCUUAUGUUGUAACCCCAGCAUCCCCAAGAUCCAAGGCAGGUGUUAAAUCUACUAACUUGGAGAAUCUGUCUCCAGAAGACUACAUCCUAGAUGAUCUUGAGAAUGCCAUGUCUGGGAUUGAAACAGAGCCAAGCGAUAUUGAAAUGGCAGAAGCUGCGACUGAAGAUAGAGCACCACAGGGUCAGCCCAAGAUGCUCCCUGCAUUGAAACUGAAUGCCGUGCCACCCUUACAGCAGCACAUUCUUCUCUAUGUGCAGGUGUAUGAUGCUCAGCGUAUGCUGUAUGUCCUGUCUACCAUCAAAACUAUUCUCAGCACUAACCCGUGGCCAUUAGUCUGUGCAAUGUCAUCAACAAGCAUCAGCAGCACCAACACCCCACAGCUGAUAAAGUUACAGCAACUCUUGGCAAGACAUAAGCGCUGCAUCACUGGGCAGGAUUUCUACUCAGACCUUGAGCAAGAGGCUCUGACAAUCUUCCGAAGUAGCACCUAUCUGGAGAUUGUUGUUCUUAUCUGUGUCUACUAUAUGAGGAGCUACUACCCACAUGAUCUUAAAGCCAGUGAAGAUGAUGUCCAUGGCAACCGAGAUGUUCAGAUCGCAAGCAUGGAGGUUCUCCGUCUCAUCCUUCACGAGCUCGUCUACAUCGUUAAGGACAGUGGGCGUGGCCUAGCAACAUUCAUCAGUGAUCUUCUCAUUAGAUCCAAAGUCCAGAAAGCAGUCCUGUACUGCCUGUUGUCAUCGGUGUUUAACAGUCACCAUAGAGGUAGUGGUAAAACUCAAAGCCUGGAACCAGAAAUUAUUUUGGAUAUCUCCCAAGAUAUGUCUGACCGAGGAGCUCAGGCCUUCCAAAUCCAGCUACUGAAGCUGGCCAGGACUCUUAUCUUCCUGGAAGACCAACUCUUCACACUUAAGGAUGACACAGACACAGGAAGCAAUGCUGAUAGUGAAUGGGAAUAUCUCCGCAUGAAGUUCACUCCUCAGAAGACUUCCUCUGUCGGCUUUGUACGCUCGGAACGUUUUGGAAGCCAGUCCAUCUUCAUCACAGCUGUCUUAAGUGCUCUUAAACAGUACCAAAUCUGUCACAUGCAUCGUCAUUGGGUUGCUGUGGUGACUGAAGCACUUCCACAUUUAGAACGAGGAUUGCCCAAGCUUGCUCUUCCUGUCUGUAAUCAACUUUGCAAGAAUCUGGAGCAAUUGACCAUUCUCUACACGCCAGGAGACUCGAACAAGAAGUUGGAAGUGAACCUUGAGAAUGUUCCCCCAGACCAUGUAGUCACCAUGCUAGAAGGAUUGACUACCAUCUGUCAUUUCUGCUUGCUAGAGAGUACCUCUAACCUCUCUGCUAUGGGAAGUAGGCAUUCAGGUCCAGUCACCAGCAGUACCAGUGCCUUAGAGUCUGAGAGUAGUACUUCCACACCACUCCUCAGUAGUCUACUUGGAGCCUUGACUAGAGACAAAAGCAAGAGUACUGCCAAUCCAUCUAGCAGUCAGACUAACAACCCAAAGGCUGAUGCUCGUAAGGGUCUCCUUGGUAUGUUACCUCGUAUCAUCUCUAGCGUGGCUAAACUAUGGGCUGUGAUCUUAAGAUGUGAGAGAUUGAGGGAUUCUCUCUCUAAACCUGAAGAACCUCCAAGCUGGAGCUUUGGACCACCAAAGCUAUCCACUGAGGGUACUAGACAGCAGAUUUUGGAGUUGUUAAGUCCAAUUGCUCUUCAUCAUCCUGUCAACUUAAUGGCAGCCAUUGGUGUGGUUUGGAGUGAUUGGAAAAAGAAAAGUGGAGCCAAACAAACCAAUGUUGUUCGCCAGGCUUGUGAGGACCAGGUUGUUUUGGUUGAGUUAGUGAGUGCAAUCAGAGCUAUGCCUACAGACACACUGAUGCAGACCAUCAAGCAAGUCUUGAAAGCUCCACCAUUCACAAUCAGAGACAAGGAUCAGCCUGGUUUAGAGACUAGCAUGCUUCAGUUUGUAUUCUGUUACAUUGGUCGAAUGUCCAUCAUGUCAGUUAGGGACUCUUGGCAGUCGUUGUUGUCUCUUCUGAAGGAAGGAUUACAACUUGGCUUAGCACCACCAGGACAGUUCCUGCUCUUACGUAUUCUAAGUGAGAUAGUUCAUAAGAUUCCUGCCUUUGAAGACCGGAAGGAUCAGAAGGAACUUCAAGAGGUAACUCAGCGUCUCGUGGAAGCGUGUAAUACUAUUGCUGGCUCAUCCUUGGAACAAUCAACUUGGCUUCGAAGGAAUGUCUCAGUGAAGAUCAACCCACAGGAGCAGACUGUGAGCCAGACUGAUGAGCCAGAUGGAGGUGAUUCCACAUCUGAGAUGACCUCAGUCACCACCACAGAUCCCUCUACACCAUUUGGUACACCAACUAACAGUCCUAAGAAUUACUCACAGUAUAGUGUACAAGCACUCAAUCUACUGGCAGAGUUAUUGGCAACAUUGCUGGACAUGGUCUACGGUAGUGAUGAGAAGGACAAAGUUGUGCCUUUAUUGACAUCAAUUAUGCACAAUGUUACCCCUUACCUCAAGAACCACAGUUCUCCCAACACACCAAGUUUCCGUGCCUGCACUGCCUUAUUAGCUAGUCUGAGUGGAUAUCAAUACACACGGAAAUCCUGGAAGAAAGAUGCCUUUGAUCUGCUGUUAGACCCGUCCUUCUUCCAAGUAGAUAUUGUAUCCAUACAUAACUGGCUACCUGUAAUAGAUAAUCUAAUGACACAUGAUAAGACAACCUACAGAGAUCUCAUGGCUCGAGUAGCUGCUUUCCAGAACACCUCUCUCAACCUCUUCACCAGCAAGGAAGCUGAGAUUGACCAGCGAGCUCAGCUUCUGAAGCGCCUAAGUUUCACCAUAUUUUGCAGUGAGACAGACCAGUAUGUUCGUUUCUUGCCUGAUAUCCAAGAGCGAUUAGCAGAGAAUUUGAGACAAAGUCAGGGGCCUGCGGUACAUGAACAAGUCUUUGUUUGCUUCAGAGUGCUCUUACUACGCAUCUCACCUCAUCAUCUGACUGGGCUUUGGCCAACUGUUAUAUCUGAGCUGGUACAAGUGUUUCUUCACAUGGAAGAGCAGCUUACUUGCACACCUGAAAGUAGUAAGAAGUCAGUCAUCAAGCGAGUUACAAGUACAGAUUUUGCUAGUUUCUUCCUUGGUGGUAAUGGCAACAUCCCACAGACACUGAGCAAUGUAGCCAAGCCGUGGUUAGGAUUGUAUCUAGCUGCCUGUAAGCUGCUUGAUCUAGCCAUCUGUUUGCCUGCCGAGAGUUUACCACAAUUCCAAGUGUACAAGUGGGCAUUUGUUGGAGGAGGAAAAAAGAAGGAUUCUCCAAUGCAGUUUGUACCUCAUGUGUCAAGAGCUGCUCAGCUCUUAAGAACUAGAUACAAGCAGGAGAAUGGCAUGGAUGGGCCAGCUCUGAAGGUUUCCCCAGGUCGACCACUCUUGACAAUGUAUCAGAUCAAAUCCAUCGAGGAACUCCUUCCAUUCUUCAAUACAAUCUGCCCAGAGUCUGACACCAGUCUGGUCAACCAGAUUCCAGACCUCAUUCAACUUGAAAGAGAAGUCAAGACCUCGUCAUCAGGAAGAGGAUGGAAGAUAGAAGACUUGGUUGAUGUUGAAGAUCUUCCACCGUUGGACUUAAUCGAGAAACUAAUGGAGAGAGACUUCUUAAUACCUCUUGCUGCUUCCUAACAGACUCAGGUUAUGUUAGUAAUUCCUUCAGUUAUGAAUGCUUUUCAAACUGUGUUAACUUUGAUGGGUGCUUAUGCACAGGGUUAAAUGUGAAACAUUUUGUUUCUUGGUUUGAUGUAACAAAGCAAGCUCAAAGCAUCAUCUGGAUUUGACUGCAGCUGUUACUUCACAAAGCAUUGGUAUUUUAGCUUUUGUGCCAGAUUAAACAAGGAAGUUAACCCUAACCCCCUAGGGUGUAUGUAAAAUCAUAUUAACAUUGGAGGAUUUGGGACUGUUAGGGUUAAAGUACAUUUGCGUAACAUUCUCCAGAUCCAUCUUACACAUGUGCAAAUCAUUAUAUCAUUAUAUAAGAGCGUGAUCCAUUAUGUAUGUUGCUUGUGUUUGACCUCAGCGGACUAUCAAAACAGUUUAAAAAGUAAACACCAACUCUCUCUUCAGUGUAAUCCAGUAUGUUAUCAUUUUCAUGUACAGAGCUGUGAAUCUUUUGCAUAAAUGCAUUUUCUCAUGCCAGGUUAAUCAUUUAUUGUGACACCUGUGGUUAGGUGAAACGGAUUUGAAAAAUGUAAUCCAACUGCAUGAUUUUUUAUGUUUAAAUGCAACUCAUAUGCAUAUACGUCAAAAUUUAUGAACUUCAGUUGUAAAUGUGCAUUGAAAAAAUACUUACAGGGCUGUAAAUUGACCAACAAAUGCAAACUUUUGGGCUUUUUGGAAUUUCAAAUGCAGUGUGCACUGUAAACAUGUAAAUGACAUGUAAUCAAAUGUCCUGCUAACUCAUCAGAUUUCAUUGGAACAUUCAUAUUGUGUGUUAAUUCCCUAAAGAGUCAAGUUGGAAAUCAUUGAUUGCAGGCUUAUCAAGUUUAAUGCAUAAUUACAAAAUAUUUUGUGUAAGUUUUAACUUUAAAUAGUUUGGCUUCCCUUUUCCAGAUUGACCAAAGCUUUAAUACAGUUUGUGCAUUGUUAACACUGUAACCAAAGUUGAAUAGCAAUAUUCAAAAAUGCUAUGCUGUGCAAUAAGAACAAUUGAAACUGUGCAGAAUGUUGGGAAAAAAUUGGUGCAAGUCUUUUUGCAAGUGCUUGGUAUUUCCUUGCAGAAUUAUUGUAAAAGUUAAGUCUUUGCUUGACAUUUUAUAUCUUACUUACUCUGUCUUGCACAUUCCUACCUAAACUAACCACAGCCAAGAUUGUAAUAUUAUAUAAUCCGUUGUAUGCCAUGGAAUCACCUGCUGAAAAAAGCAAAUUAUAAAACCCUGAAGAAUUAUUUUUCAUAGGGCUUGCCAUAGCUCUUGACCUUACUUUUGGACCUGAAGUUAAAGGUCAGAAAGCCUUUUUCUCAUAUGAUGUAUUGCUUGUACAUAUUACCAUUGUAAGUGGAAGCUUUGAUUUUAGUUUCAUCAUUUUUUAAAGAACAUCUUAAUUCUUAAUUGGUAUUUAUGUGAUGGUGAAGAAUUAAGCGUCAUGGAUUAUAACCAAGAAUGGCUGGUAUUCAACAAUUAUCUAGCUUUUAACAAUGAUAUUCACUAUACUCUGAACUGGAAUUCAGUUAUCCUGAAAUCCACAGAUGUGACAUCACAAGUAUUCGUGAGUAUGUGAUGUUUAUAUCUUAUCACUGAAGUAUUAACAAAUGGCUAUUGUAUAACAGAAAAAAAUAUAACAAGGUGAAGGGUAAGAAGUGUUUGCCUUUAAUUAUAAAUUGGUGAUCACUUUGCUCACUAAAAAGACAUAGCAGACCCAGCCCAACUCCCCUUUCUAUGAAUCAGCCAAGAAGUGAUACCAUAUUGGAAUUUUAAAGUGCAUCAUAAAUGCAGUACUAUUAAAAAGUAGUAGUUAAACUUAAUAAAUGAAAGGUAAAGAAGUUAUGUUCAUUAAGGAAAGGAAUUGCAUGUGUAACUAGCUUGACCUUGAGUAGAUGGCUUGAAAUAUACUGAUAGUUUGUAUUCUUAUCAAACUGCAAAAACGAAAGUUAGUUUAUAUCGGACAAAGGCUGUAAAUGUAGUUGGUCUUUAUUCUUUCCAUAAAGUUACAUAUGUACAUACUUGCAGAGUUAAAACACACUUGCCUUCAAAAGAUUUAUAUGUAUAUACAUCUUAUGCUGAUUUGCUGUUUAAAUUGUUGAUUUGCAAGACAGUUUAUCUUGAAUGAAUGAUUAAGCUCGUCUGUCCAUCGACCACUUGCUUACUGACACUUUGAUCUUGUGAGCAGCUCAGAAAAACAGUCCGAUCUCGUAAUAUUUCCUCCACAUUUGCGUUUAAUAGUAUCAAUAUUAAUAACUACAUAUUCUUCAUUAAUAUGAAGUAGUCUGAUAAACGUUUUUAGUUGAUUUGGUUUGGUUUGGUUUUAAUACUUCUGACAUUGUUUUGAUUGGUUGAUUAAUGGAUUGGUUGGUUGGUAUUAUUUGUUACUUGGAGUUUUGAAGGUUAUUACAGUGAAAUGCAUCCAGUGUGAGAUAAGUUAUACAGCUUGGAUGUAUUUGUUCAUAUUUCUCACUUGCGAAAGCUGACAUUUAAACCUUUUGGGUGGACCUAACGUUGAGUGUGGAUAGGAUGGAAUGUGGUAAGGUGAAAGUUUUAAUCCUUUAAAAAUUGUAUUUGCCAGCGCAUUUGGGAAAAAAACGAGAACAAGUUGAAUUCGUAUGCGUGUAAUAAAUAGGCCUAUUGAGCCUUGUGCGUUUCUAAUAACCACCCGAAACAUGAACAUGUGACGGGAAAAUAGCUUCCAUACUCCCAACAUAUAGCAGACGUGGAAGUCUCCCUUGACUUCUCACCCAGGGUGAGGUUAGAAUCCUAACAUGUGUUUUUAGCUUCUAAUCCUUAAGUUUUCUUCAGAUUAUCUGUUCAUUCCCACCUCUAAAUCGGAAAACUUGUUUCCGUUUUACAGGUGACGGGGGAACGUACGAGAUGCUGUGUUUGUGUUUUUGAAAGUACUCAAUUAGUGAAGCAGGCAUUACGUUUUAAUAAGUGAACCCCUACUUUGUUAAUUAUCAGUGGCCUAUCUAUUUGAUAGCUUUUUCUUCAAAACAAGUACAAUGUAAUUUGCUUCUAAAAUGCCACCAGAACAUGGCAAAAACUGUGGUGAUUAUGGUUUUAUGUGAACUUUCUAAAUACAUGUAUUAAACAAUUCAUACUGUGACUAACUCGUAAUCGUUUAA